AUGAAGUUAGAAACUUGCGCUUAUUCCGGUUACAAAAUCCAUCCUGGACAUGGGAAACGUGUGAUUCGUUCCGAUGGAAAGGUACAAAUUUUUUUGAGUGCCAAAUGUCAGAAGGGUUCUGGUUUGAAGCGUAAUCCACGAGAUGUUCCAUGGACUGUACUUUAUCGUCGCAAACAUAAGAAGGGAAUUCAUGCCGAUGAAGGUCAGCAGAAGAAACGUGUUAAACGUACUGUUCAUGCUACUUCUCGUCCUGUUGCUGAUAUGACUGUUGAAGCAUUAUUGGCACAACGUAACCAAAAACCGGAAUUUCGAAAGCAACAACGCGAGGCUGCAAUUAAGGCGGCUAAAGAAGCUGUGCGCGCUAAGAAGGAAGAAACUAAGCGAAAGGCUGUUAAAUUGACUAAAGCCGCUCAGCAACCAAAAGUGAAGACUAGCAAACAACCUAAGGCACCUAAAGCACAAGUUGCUGUGAAACGUUAAGAGAUUUGAAAAGAAGAAGA